AUACCUUAGCCCAGUGGAAUGAAGUUGGCUUUUGGGUUUGGCCUCAGGGGCUUGCAGGUGCCCAUGGGCCAGGCUGUUCCUGGCUCUUUGUUCCUACAACAUGCUAUUUGGACUCUGCGUCACCCUGACUUAUGCACACAGUCCUCACAGACAAGGAAAUGAGAAAAAUACCAAAUAAUGGGAACCUGAAGAUGAUGAAGGUGGCGUACCCGCUGGGGCUGUUCGUGUGCCUGUUCAUCUACAUCGCCUACAUCAAGUGGCACUGGGUCUUCGCCACCCAGGCCUUCUUCAGCAUCACGGAGGCAGCCUCGGGGGCCCACAGGGGCCACCAGACUCGGGAUGCCCCGGGGACGACUGCACGUGGUCACAAGGUCUUCUAUGGCAUCAUGUUUGACGCGGGAAGCACUGGCACUCGAGUACAUAUCUUUCAACUCACCUGGCAGCCUGGAGAGACUCCCACCUUGACCCAUGAAACCUUCAAAGCACUGCAGCCAGGUCUUUCUGCUUAUGCUGACGACGUUGAAAAGAGCACUCCGGGUAUUCAGGAAUUGCUGGAUGUUGCUAAACAAGAAAUUCCUUUUGACUUCUGGAAGGCCACCCCAUUGGUGCUCAAGGCUACCGCUGGCUUACGUCUGCUACCAGGAGAAAAGGCUCAGAAUUUACUACAAAAGGUGAAGGAAGUGUUUAAGGCGUCACCUUUCCUUGUAGGGGACGACUGCGUUUCCAUCAUGAACGGAACCGAUGAAGGCAUUUCAGCCUGGAUCACCGUCAACUUCCUAACAGGCAGUUUGAAAUCCCCAGGAAGCAACAGUGUGGGCAUGCUGGAUUUGGGCGGAGGGUCCACGCAGAUCACCUUCCUUCCGAGAGUUGAGGACACCCUUCGGACCUCCCCACCCGGCUACCUGACGUCACUGCAGAUUUUUAAUAGGACCUACAAGCUCUAUUCCUACAGCUACCUGGGGCUCGGAUUGAUGUCGGCUCGGCUGGCGAUUCUGGGCGGCACAGAGGGGAAGCCUGUGGAGGGUGGAAAGGAGUUGGUCAGUCCCUGUCUGGCUCCGAGUUUCAAAGGAGAGUGGGAACAUGCUGAAAUAACGUACAGACUUUCCGGACAGAAGGCAGCAGUGAACCUCUACCAGCUGUGUGCCCGCAGAGUGUCCGAGGUCCUUCAGAAUAAAGUGCACAGGACAGAAGAAGUGAAGGACGUGGAUUUUUAUGCUUUUUCUUACUAUUAUGACCUUGCAGCAAAUGUUGGCCUCAUAGAUGCGGAGAAGGGAGGCAGCCUCGUGGUCGGAGACUUUGAGAUUGCGGCCAAGUACGUGUGCCGGACAGCGGAGACCCGCCCACAGAGCAACCCCUUCCUGUGCAUGGAUCUCACCUACAUCAGCUUGCUGCUCCGAGAAUUCGGCUUCCCGGGAAACAAAGUGCUGAAGCUGACUCGGAAAAUCAACAACGUUGAGACCAGCUGGGCUCUGGGGGCCAUUUUUCAUUACAUCGACUCCCUGAAUGGACAGAAGAGUAGGGCCUCGUAGUGGCUGAGCUGCCUGCUGUCCUCAAGCCCUGCAGCCCUGCCCCUGGAUGAGCCGAGGACUGGAACUCAGCCCAGGCCCAGCACUCCUCCUCCCUGCUUCAGCUCCAGGCGGGCAGCGAACCAGAUGGGAAAAGAGCACCUGCCGAGGCCAAGUGAUGUAGUCCCGCUGUCCCCACGCUCCCCAUCUGUAGGGUUGGGUAGCUGUGACAUCCACUCCUGGACUGGAGUCUUGUUUUAUGCCCCUGCCCCUGUCUACACCCACUUCCCCAAGGCGGACCUCCACCUUCUCCCAGAAUCAGGGCGAGGUUUUGCAGGCUGCCCUGCUGCUCAGGGUGAGCCGAGUGAGAACGCCCGUGCCCUCUGGGACAGUGGGCCCGGCAAGGCGCAGUGAACUCUGGACUUGAACGUGUUUGUUCCUCCUUGGGUGUGGAUGCGUGAAGUCAUACAGAGAACUGCUCCUCAGUCUUUGGAUGCCUCAAGGUUAACCGAUGGAGUUGACACUGUGAAUAGGAGGAGGGGCUGGGGGAAAUACCUCUCCGUGGCCCUCCUGUGCCCUGGCUCUUCACGAAAGGCUGAAUGUGAGCGUGAACUGCUGUGAAAUAUUUAUGGUUGUGCUGAGUGAGUGAUGUCUCUGCCAGGCAGUGCUGAGUGCUUGUGUGGCCGCUGUGUUCUGAGCCCCAGUGAACAUACCGCUGCUGUGAACCGUGUGCAGCCAAGCAGUGUCAGGAGACAGGAGCUCUGGGGAUCAGCCGGUGGAUCAGCUGACUGGGCUCAGCAGUCGCCAGAACUGCCCCCUGGAAACUGCCCUCUUGUGGCUCCUCCCCCUCAAGCUCUGCAGGACGCUGGCUCCGCCCUCCAGGGUCGGCACUGCAGGCUCUGUCAAGGGGAGGCGUGGGCUGCGUGCUGUACAGUGUGGCCCCAGGUUCGCAGUCAUUCUCGUGAAUGUAUAGUGCACAGCAGAAGCUGACCUCAUGUGUUCCACUCAGAAUAAAGGUUUACCAGUUACCAAAA